AAUAUUUUUAGUUGCAGUGUUUAGAUGAUGCCAAUGAGAGCGUGUGAAGGACUCAAACUAUUUGUUUAUCUCUCUUGAUCGUCUGUUGCCACAUUGGUAUUCGUCUGAUUAUGCCAGAAAUAUACAUGCAUAACGAAAACACACAUUUCUAUUGCGCAUGUGUUUCCAUUGCUGUAUUAUAGACUCAUAGUGUGCUCUGUUACAUUCAGGGAACUACAUUUGAGGAACUGUACAUUUGAGGAACUGUACAGUGUUAGUUUCAGAGAUUAAGUUAACAGCAUUCUAAUAUGCCUUGGAAUAUAAACGUUGUUAUGCUAUUUUUUGCACUUGGAGACGUGCUGCUGGUUUUGACAGUUUUUGCACUUGGAGACGUGCUGCUGGUUUCGACAGAGCCAGUUCGCACAGCAAGAAUUCAAAUUGGGAAAGCAUCUGUAGUGGAAGGGGAGAAGGUUGAAUUCAAAUGUUUAAUAUCAGCUGUGCAUGAAGAACAAACAGAGAACAAGGAGAUGAACUGGUUCCAUUUAUAUAAAAACAGAGAGAAGAUCAGCUCACUGCCAGAGCCCAGAGGAACGGGAACUGUCAAAUUUAUAAAAGAAGACAUCAGAAAGAAUGACACUGGAAACUAUACCUGCAUGUAUGGAAAUGAGAAUCCUGGAGACGUGAAAAACAUCAGCCAUGGUUCUUCAGUUUAUCUCAACGUACAAGAGUUAAGCUAUCAGCUCAUACUUCAGCUGGACAAACACAACCAAAUGGAAGGAAUGGAUGUAUCAUUUAGAUGUAUGAUACUAGCUGAACUCAGAGAAGCAGCAGGAAAAGAGGGUUUUUUCCAUCUAUAUAAAAAUGAAAGCCUUGUCGAUUCAAAAGCCGUUCCCAAAGACGUACCAGUUGUAGAGUUUGACAUUAAAAAAGUUAAGAGGAGUGAUACUGGAAACUACACCUGUGUGUAUGGAAAAGAGAAACCUGUGAACACAGCAAACAGCAAACGCAGUCGCCCAGUCUACCUUCAUGUGACAGGAGAUAUGACAACUCCAAACACAUCUAUCAAGACCCAACAGACAAAUGAGACAGGCAAGUGGGGCCAGCACUUUCAAAAGACGAUGCUGCACUGUUCUGCGCCGUGUCUUGGUAUUCUUCAAUGGAAUGUAAAGAGGGACAGGCUAUUGACUAGCCUAUCAGACAGCUAACACUAGAUGCUGAUUUUUUAAAAAUAAAUUUCUUAUAAUCGAGUACACUCACAUGAGGAAACAUGUCCACUUUGUCAGUCAGAAAGUGCAAAUGUGGUAAUGUUACAUUGGUAAGCAGAAAUCAAUAUUUUGAAGAUUAUUAUUGUGAAGAGUCUGAAUCGGAUUAAUUUACUUUCUAGAUCAGAUUUUUAUUUGACGGUUUGUCUAGAUACGGCAGCAGAAUUCCUUAUUGCCGCUUGACUUGAAUUUCUUUAUAUUUUUUUAUUUUCCUUUUACAAUGACCCGACUCAUACUUGCGAGGGGCCGACGUAGUAGUCGCGAGACGUGGUAAGAUGUUUCUAAUAUGGUACAAAUUACAAUCAGACCACUAAUCUGAACAGAAUUGGGAUUAGUAAACCUCUACUGUUUGUUAUGCAUAUAUUUAGGUUCAUUCUGAAGGCAUGUUUUUAACAAGUUAAAAUGUAUUUUUAGAGUCUCGCUAUCAGCUCACACUUCAGCUAGACAAACACAACCAAAUAGAAGGAAUGGAUGUAUUAUUUAAAUGUAUGAUACCAUUUGAACUCAGAGAUGCAGCAGGAAAAGAGGGUUUUUUCCAUCUGUAUAAAAAUGGAAGCCUUGUCGAUUCACAAGCCGAUCCCAAACACUUACCAGUUGUAGAGUUUGCCAUUAAAAAAGUUAAGAGGAAUGAUACUGGAAACUACACCUGUGUGUAUGGAAAAGAGAAACCUGUGAACACAGCAAACAGCAAACGCAGUCGCCCAGUCUACCUUCAUGUGACAGGUAAGGACUGAGCUGAAUACUUUGUGACACAGUGGGGUCAACUCAAUUGAUCUAAACUCUGGCACAUGCAGCCUCCUUCUUUCAAUCAUCAGAUGAGGGGACUGUGAAAAACAACAUCUGUAAUGGGGUUUGUGUGACUUCUUUACAGUAAUUUACAGUAAUUAUGAGAAAGAUUAAACACGAAAUGUCCCAGGUGGGGCUAUACUACAAUUGUAAAAAAAAAUUUAAAAAAAUGGGCCAAAUGGUCUAGUAAGCAAAAUAGCACAGCAAUCUUUAAAAAAAAAAAAAAAAACAUAAUAAGCCUUUUCAUAUUACUCAUUACUGUAAUUUACAAUUUUUUAUGUAUUUACUUCAAUAUUUACUGUACUGCACUGAAAAGACCAUCAUUAAAUAGUCUAUGAUAUAUUCUAAAGGUGGUAUGGGGGUAGAAGAUGGAACUGAAUCUCCUUUAAUGUUUGUCUGCUUGAUGACAUUUUAACUAUUGUUCUUCAAAUGAAACCGUUUUGACAGGACUCACCAUGAAGUACAGUCCCCACAAGAUGAGUUUGAUAUAUUAUAGGGGCGGUAUUGAAAUCUCCCACUAUUCACAGCAUUAAAGAGAACACAUCAUCAUCACAUUAAUAUUGAUCUGAAUUAUUAAAAUUAUUGAACAGCUGGCCACCUUUUUAGCCUAAUGGUGAUACUUUUCUACACGUUGUUGCUUAUGUUCCCACAGGAGAUAUGACAACUCCAAACACAUCUAUCAAGACACAACAGACAAAUGAGACAGGCAAGUGGGGCCAGCACUUUCAAAAGACGAUGCUGCACUGUUCUGCGCCGUGUCUUGGUAUUCUUCAAUGGAAUGUAAAGAGGGACAGGCUAUUGAUUAGCCUAUCAGACAGCUAACACUUAGAUGCUGAUUUUUUAAAAAUAAAUUUCUUAUAAUCGAGUACACUCACAUGAGGAAACAUGUCCACUUUGUCAGUCAGAAAGUGCAAAUGUGGUAAUGUUACAUUGGUAAGCAGAAAUCAAUAUUUUGAAGAUCAUUAUUGUGAAGAGUCUGAAUCGGAUUAAUUUGCUUUCUGGAGCAGACUUUUAUUUGACGGUUUGUCUAGAUACGGCAGCAGAAUUCCUUAUUGUCGCUUGACUUGAAUUUCUUUAUAUUUUUUUAUUUUCCUUUUACAAUGACCCGACUCGUACUUGCGAGUGGCCGACGUAAUAGUCGCGAGACUGUUUCGACUCUGAAAACGUCAUAUAAUUUGUGACGCAUGUGAGGCCCUAGGCCACCACCUUGCCUUAAGGCCGGCCCUGCUCCUAUUUUUUUUUUCUGUUUGGUCAUCAGACCCCUGGAUUAAAAUAAACAGAACUAAUUUUCACCCGUACUUUGUUGUCUGUCUCUUCAUUGUUGGAUUACUACACUGCACCUGCACGUACCACUUGUCUCUUUGCCACAAGGCACUAAUUGAUUUAUAUACUGCACCAGAAAUUAUAAUUGAAUCAGAAUGAUCACAGCUCUGAUUAUUGCUGGUACAUAUGGAACAUUUAAUGUCAGAUUUAACCAACUCCGAAAACUAGACUUUCUGGAAAACAUGAUUAUUGUGUGUUUGGUGUACCUGCUCAAAAACCAAGAAUGUAUGGCUUCACUGUGGAGCAUACUGUAUGUACCCUAUUAACAUACUGCAAGAUCAAGUCACUGUAAAAACAGGAUUGGAUUACAUUUGUUUUCAACACAUCUUGAUCGUGCUUUUAUGUUAAUAGGUUAUUAGUGAAUUAUAUAAUUUGUUUAUUGA